UUGCGUACAGAGCACGACUAUCUAACGACUUGUCAUCAAGUCUACUCGAGAGCUAGAGCGAGAGAUAGGAUAUGCGGCGCAUUAAUGGUUUCAGUAAUCACUGUUCAAGUUUGCUUCACAGAUAGGCGUCCCAAAAUAGAUGUGCGCAACUUUAUCCUCUGAACUUUGGCUGCUAUAUAGGUAUGGACUAUCUCCUGCAGGCUUUGUCUCGUGACCAGCCCAACCUGAGAUUGAAAGUGUUUACUGGGAUGGCAAUUUAAACGGCUGCCUUAUACUGAUUUCCAGUCCUCGUGGUGAGAAACCCUGAGGCCCCGUCGAAAAUGUCCGCGUCUGCACUGUUCAAGCUUAUGCUGCUUUCAGCAGUUCUGAGCCUGUACUUCGCCAGUGCACAGAAGGUCAACGUUCUUCCCUGUAAGAACGUGAAGCAGGAUUCCACUAUCAAUGAAGUGAUCAUCACCCCCUGUCCGAAGUUACCCUGCAUAUUCAAAAAAGGCACUAAUGUUUCCGUAGCAAUUACCUUCACGAUGGACGCCUCAGCCGCCGUUGCCUCCAAUGUCACUACUGUGGUGCACGGCAUCAUCGGUGGAGUGGCGGUGCCUUACCCCACAGCCUACACUGAUGCAUGCAAAACAUCGGGAAUCCACUGCCCGCUGAAACCGAACGACAAAAGUGUCUACAAAGCAAAGCUCUACGUGAAGCCAGAAUACCCAACGGUCGAGUUGUACGUGAAAUGGGAACUUCAGUAUCAACCCGAGAAGGAUAUCCUCUGCUUCGAGGUGCCGGCUGAGGUUAUGUAGUGUGCAAAUGCUCAAAAUGCGACAUCAAUGCCGAUUUAUUCCUUCCUUUGUGCCACAAAAUGCAGGUAUAAAAUGUCAACCAUGUGCUGAUAUUCAUGCUAAAUUGCCACGGUUUUCACAUCAAAACAAGACGCGACAUUUGCAAAGAAUUUAACAAGUUUGGCAACUUCACGAUUACUUUUGUUUAAACUUAAUACGAACCUCUUGCUACCAGGUGUUAGUUUGUGUAUACUGAACUCUUGUCGUCACGUGAUCACGGUUCGUUUUUGUCAGAAGAGAUGAGUUUUUUCAUGCUUUUAAUUAUAGGAAUGCAGUUUCUUUAGAUAACUGAGUUGUUAUUUUUAACCGAGUUACGAGCAGAAAAGCAUUUAUUAUUGUACAACGCCAAAGAUGUUUAUGCGCUUUUGCCGCUUCAGUAUUGUAAUCAUUUUUACUAUCCACUAUUGUGUUGAACACAUUUUUCAGAAACAGCAUAAUUUGGGUUAAUUAUUGUUCCGUUUUAUAUAUUUCACUUUCGAUGGAAAUGGAUGGAUGUAUGCGUUCGGUCCCGGCAUUCGUUAAAUUGAAACGAUAAAAAUAUUCACCCGAAAAUCAUGAAAUAUGGUAUGAAAGGACUAACAUGCCCGGAAUGUACAACGGUUAUGGGGAGUCGUUUGCGUGUUUGUGUUUGCGUCUGUUUUUUUUUUAACUUUGUAAUGCAAACGAAUUAAGAUAUAAAAUGGAGUAUUUGGGUUUUAGAGAUUGUAUGAGCUGCAAUAAAUAUGAGCUACAGUCUAUUGU